AUUGAACUGUUGGAACGAAAAUGUAUUCUGCGAACAUUAUAAAAGACGGUGAUUUCACGAAAACAAUAUACACAUUGAUAAAAGAUAAUAGAUACAACGAUGCCAUCAAAAUAUUGCACGGAAUUUCGGAAUCGAGUUCCACCAGGGCCGGACUAUCACUUUUGGCCUACUGCUAUUUCUACAUCCAGGACUUCUCGAACGCCGCCAAUUACUACGAACAAUUGACGAACCUGUAUCCCGACGAUAAGGAUUAUCAGCUAUAUUAUGCCCAAGCUCUUUAUCAAGCCUGCAUGUAUGAAGAAUCGUUUCAGGCUUGCAACAAGUUGAUAGAGGAACCAGAACAUAAGGAAAAAGUCACUAAAUUACAGGCCGCAAUUAAGUACAGCCAAGAAGACGUUCUCUCUGCUAAAAAUUUGGUAGAGGCAUGUCCUGCCAGCGAUCCAGAUAAAGAAGCCAAUUUGGGAUGUUUACUCUAUAAGGAUGGAAAUUAUGAAGAAGCUUUGUCAAAAUUCACUGGAGCUUUACAAAAUCAAGGAUUCAAACCUUUCCUAGCCUAUAAUAUUGCUUUAUGCUACUACCGGUUGAAAGAAUAUGGACCAUCCCUGAAAUACUGUGCCGAUAUCAUAGAAAAGGGAAUACGGAACCAUCCAGAACUGAGCAUAGGCAUGCAAACUGAAGGAAUCGAGGUACGAUCUGUAGGCAACACUAUAACCCUACACGAGACUUCCCUAACAGAGGCAUUCAAUCUGAAAGCAGCUAUCGAAUACCAGCUCAGAAACGUUGACGCGGCGAAAGAAGCUUUGACAGACAUGCCGCCUAGGGCAGAGUACGAACUGGACGCUGUCACGCUCCACAACCAAGCGCUGAUGAAUUUCGACCAGAAUCCGACAGAGGGCUUCGAGAAGCUGCAAUUCCUGUUGCAGCAGAACCCUUUCCCGCCAGAAACGUUCGCCAACAUCCUGCUGCUCUACUGCCAGCACGAGUGCUACGACUUGGCCGCGGAAAUUCUGGCGGAAAAUGCUCAUUUGACGUACAAAUAUUUGACGCCGUACCUGUAUGAUUUUUUGGACGCCAUAAUAACCCAACAAACAUCCCCAACUGAGGCAUAUCAAAAGUUGGAUGAGCUGGCCAGUAGACAUUCUGAGCAGCUCAGAAAACUCACCAAACAAGUGCAGGAGCACAGGAACAGAAACGAUACUGAGCUGAUCAAAAAAACCGUUAUGGACUACGAGGAAUGUUUGGAAAGGUAUGUUCCAGUUCUGAUGGCUCAGGCUAAGAUAUACUGGGACCUGAAAAACUACGCGCAAGUGGAAAAAAUAUUCAGAAAGAGCGUCGAAUUCUGCAACGAUAAUGACAUUUGGAGACUCAAUGUGGCGCAUGUUCUUUUCAUGCAAGAAAAUAAAUUCAAGGAGGCAACUGGAUUCUACGAACCUCUUGUCAAGAAAAGUUAUGCCGAGAUUUUGAAUGUGAAUGCCAUAGUUCUGGCAAACCUAUGUGUCUCCUACAUAAUGACCUCCCAAAAUGAAGAAGCUGAGGAACUCAUGAGGAAAAUCGAGAAGGAAGAAGACCAACUUUCUUACGAGGAACCAGAAAAAAAAUUUUUUCACCACUGUAUUGUCAACUUAGUAAUAGGGACUCUUUACUGUUCAAAAGGAAACUACGAAUUUGGGAUAUCGAGAGUAAUAAAGUCUCUGGAACCUUAUGAUAAAAAAUUGGGUACUGAUUCAUGGUUUUAUGCUAAAAGGUGUUUUUUGAGCCUAAUAGAGAAUUUGUCAAAGCAUAUGAUUGUGCUGAGAGAUUCAAUCAUACAAGAAUGCAUACAGUUUUUAGAAAGCUGUGAAAUGUAUGGUAAGAGUGUACGAACUGUUGCAUAUUCUUCUCUAUCAGAAGCAAAUGACAGUCCGAAUGGUAAAGAAACUGUCACAUAUGAAGCAAGAAAAAUAAAAAGUGUUUUGUUAAAACUUUCAAAUUUUGAAUCAUGAAUUAAUACAUUGCAUUGCAUUGAUUCUCAAGUAUUUGUGAACAAUCAGUAAGAAUAAAAAUGUAUUGUAAAAUUAUUAAAUAAUAAUAAUAGUAUCAGUAGACUGUUUUGAUUGACAUUUGCAGUUUUCUGUGAUAACUGAAACUUCUUUUUUCAAUGACAUUGCGCUGACAUUAAGAUAUACUCCUAUUAAAGCUGUUACUAAUAGAUAUAUAGUAACAUUGCUGAUUGGCAGAUAGAAUGACAAGAGAAUAAUCCAAAUUGAAAAACACAUGGUGCAGUAUAUCAUAUCCAUCUGAUUCCAGUGAUCAUUUUCAAAAUCAUCUAUAUAUAUCGAUAUGUUUGUGGUCCCUCGUUUCU